UAGUAAGGCUUCUUUCUUGACCCCCUCCAUUGAGUGUUUUUCACGGGAUAUAACGCGCAUCUCAUCACCGUCCAUGUCACUUGUACGGGUAUGGGGGAAGCAGGAGGGAACUCACAAAUCCAUCAACAUUGUCAACAUCGAUCCCAUCGCAUUUCUUUUGCCCCGCUAAUUCCACCCUCUCCUUCAUAAUCUUUCUGAUGCCUUCACUAUCCAACUUCACCCACUUCUCGCCAGGCCAUCCAUCCAACUCCUUGCCCAAGUCCGCCUCCGCAAACUCCUCCGAGUCCGGCCGCCCAGGCUCAUAGCUUCCUCCGCUGAAAUAGCACAACACCUUCUUUCCCAGCCGGUGUAAUGUGUCUAUUGUUUCCACGGGCGUUUCGAAGAGAUCGAUAUCGUAGAUGGAUACAUUUGGUGUGACGGAUUCCGCGCUCUUGGAAAGCUCGAUCUUAUUCUGCAGGAUGAUUUGCCAGGUAUCGUUAGGUUUCGGAGUCCAGAGGGGGCUUGAGGAUGGAGUCGAAAGCGGAGGAGAGAGCUAUGACUGUGAUGACGAUUGGAGUGAUGACGAGGGCUUUCUUGCGGAGCGUCCAGGGCUUUUUCGUUCGCGGCUUGGUGUCUUCCAUCCUUUCCUCCCCCCUUUCUUCGCCGUGCAGAUGGAUAGAGAGUCUUGAUUUCGGGAUUUAUAUAACAGAGGUGUAGACGGCGAUACUAAGUAUGCUCGAAACUCUAUCACUUUGUUCCUGGCUUCUGAACGAGCGCGGGCGGAAGCUCUACUGGAAAGGGAAGAAGCGAUCGCUGGAUGGAACUUCUGCGGCUGUGUCAGCCUCGCUUCCUAGUCGAUAGUUUUCCUUAGCUAUGGAACAUUUAGGCUCUGUGAAUCCUUCUUGCUUUACUGGAUCUCUGGUCCCGUUCUUUACGCACAAGCCAAUAUGAUCUCUCAGGAGCUCAAAUCGCUUCAACUUGUUCACUGCCCUCACAAACAGCAAACUACAAGCACAGCCACUCACUCGAACACAGAGUGUCAUCCAUUUCAUUUACGUAAAACCUUCGCUCACACCCACACCCACACCCACACCUUCACAGAAACAGGACAUCCCACGCGAAGUAAACACUCACACCCGGCGAGUCCCGCGAGAUCCUUCUUUCUUU